GAAUGAAUAAUUUCGGGGCAAUUUGGUAAUUUAUAGAUGGACAAAAUGAGGUAUAAAAUCACAUCUAACGUCAAAACUAAUCGAUUGUCGAUUCGUCUGCAAGCAAUUCCCUUAGUCCAGUUUCUGCACAUUUGGAGACGAGAAAGCAAAGAAACAGAGAUCGUAAAGGCUACACAUCCCGUCUUGUCUUCCUCUUUCGCCGCUCCAAAACGAUGGUGAAGGAAGCAGAGCUCAUCUUCGUCCCAGUACCCAGCACAGGACACCUUCUCGUCGCCAUCGAAUUCGCUAAGCGUCUGAUAGAUCUGGACCGUCGGAUCAACACCAUCACCGCCCUCCUCUGGAAAACUCCCUCCUCUCCUCACGCCGACGUCUUCGCCCACUCCCUCGUCGCCUCCGAGCCUCGAAUUCGUCUCUACGCCUUGCCCGAUGUCCCCGACCCUCCGCCAUUGGAGCUCUACGCCCGAGCUCCCGGGGCUUUUAACGUACAAUUCGUCAAGAAAAUCUCUCCUCUCGUCAGAGACGCCGUCUCAAGCAUCGUGGAGUCGCGUCGCGGAUCGGAUUCCGUUUGGGUCGCGGGUUUGGUUCUCGAUUUCUUCUGCAACCCGUUGAUCGAUGUGGGUAACGAGCUGAACCUUCCUUCUUACAUUUUCAUGACGUGCAACGCCAGAUACUUGGGUAUGAUGAAGUAUCUCACGGAGCGGCACCGGAAUAUUCCCUCGGCGCUCGACCGGAGCUCCGGCGAAGAAGAGCUUCCAGUUCCGGGUUUUCUCAAACCCGUCCCCACCAAAGUUAUGCCGUCGGGUCUGUUCGACAGAGAUGCUUACGAGGUUUACAUCGAGCUCGCAGAGAGAUUAGCCAACUCCAGGGGUAUUCUGGUAAAUUCAUUCUCCGAGUUGGAGCCGGAAGCCUUUGAUUACUUCGGCCGUCUGGAGAGCUACCCUCCGGUUUACCCGGUCGGACCGAUUCUCAGCUUGAAGGACCGGCCAAGCCCUAAUCUGGACCCGGCCGAGAGGGACCGGAUCAUGAGAUGGCUCGACGAGCAGCCCGACUCGUCGGUGGUGUUCUUCUGCUUCGGGAGCGUGGGAAUCCUCGGUGCACCGCAGUUGAAGGAGAUAGCUCAAGCCCUGGAAUUCGUGGGCUGUAGGUUUGUGUGGUCGAUCAGGACCAAAACAUCGGAGAAAACGAACCCGUACGAUCUUUUGCCAGAUGGGUUCGAUGAUCGGGUCAAGGGUCAGGGCGUCGUGUGUGGGUGGGCUCCACAGGUGGAAGUCCUGGCUCACAAGGCAAUCGGUGGGUUCGUGUCUCACUGCGGCUGGAACUCAACGCUGGAGAGCUUGUGGUAUGGCGUCCCGACAGCGACGGGGCCGAUGUACGCAGAACAACAACUAAACGCGUUCGCGAUGGCGAAGGAGGUCGGUCUGGCUGUGGAGCUGCGGGUGGAUUACGUGUCAGCACACGGAGAGAUUGUGACAGCCGACGAGAUCGCGAGGGCCGUGCGGUCUCUGAUGGACGGUGGGGAGGGACGGAGGGAGAGGGUGAAGGAGAUGAAAGAGGCGGCCAGGAAGGCUGUGAUGGAAGGUGGGUCUUCCUUCUCUUCGGUAACUGCGUUUAUUGAGCAAGUGUUUGUAAGCUAAGACCCACGUUGCGGCGCAAAAAACAGUGGCCCACACAAAUACAAAAAAUUAUAUCUGAUUGAUGAAUCAAAACCCGUUUAAAUAAUGGGUUGGGUAAACCCACUCCCUUUUAAAGAGUAGUCGCAUGAAUUUACACUUUAUAAGGGCGACGGCGACCCAAAACCAUGAUUACAUCAGCCAACUAGCGAAACCAAUAAAAAGUAAAUUAAACGAGGGUUAGUUAAUGCAUGUGCCUAUAACACAAAUUUUAAAUUUUUCUAUUUCAUUUCAAAGCU